AUGUUCAAGAAGUUUUCCCCAUCGACGGACAUUGCAGGGCACACGCCCGUAAAGACAUCGGUUCAGAGGCAGAUUCGUGCGGGGGUCCUGUCACAGUGGAAAAUCGAACCAGAGACGCUGGAAGCGGUGUGGCCCAAGAAGGAGGGCCUUGUCCAUGUUAAGUGCAGAGAACACGUCUCAGUAUAUACAGUCAACUCCGAGCCUCUGUUUUUCCAGCACUUUGAUGGGCCGUUCUACCCAACGUUGCGGUUCUUGCACAAAUACCCUUACAUCUUGCCUAAGGUGCAAGUAGAUCGCGGCGCGAUCCGCUUUCUUCUGGCUGGCGCACACAUGAUGUGCCCGGGCCUCACAUCCGCCGGAGGCUGGCUGCCUCCUGUGGAGGACGCGAUCCCAGCAGAGCGCCUCGUCGCGAUACAUGCGGAAGGCAAAGAGCACGCGGUUGGUCUAGGGAUCACAAAGCUUAGCACGGAGGACAUCAAGAAAGUGAAUAAGGGCGUCGCAGUCGAGACUGCGACUUAUCUCGGAGACGACUUGUGGCCUCUCAAAACACUCUGA